AUGAGCUGGCAAGAUUAUGUCGAUAAACAGUUAAUUGCAUCCAGAUGUGUUACAAAGGCUGCGAUUGCCGGUCAUGAUGGUAAUGUCUGGGCGAAAUCAGAAGGAUUCGAUAUAUCAAAAGAUGAAGUGGGGAAGAUUGUGGCCGGUUUCGAAAAUGAAUCAAUCCUUACCAGCGGCGGCGUGACGAUAGCGGGUCGGCUUGCACUGCAUGAAGACACAGCAAGCUGUUGUAAUUUCUCUCUACGAAGAACCGAUCCAACCCCAGCAAGCUGCAUCUGUAGUGGAGAAGUUAGGAGAUUAUUUAAUUACCUGUGGUUAUUAGAGAUCGAAGCGCGCCGUGAUCUAAGAAUACUA